UCUCUGAUUAUUCACAUGCAUAAUUCAUGAGGCGAUUGUCCACUGUUGGCGCGUCCCCGCUGCCGAGCAACAAGAUGGCGGCCGCCGCCGGAUCAGGCGUGAAAGUCCCCCGUAACUUCCGGCUGCUGGAGGAGCUUGAGGAGGGUCAGAAGGGUGUUGGAGAUGGGACGGUGAGCUGGGGUUUGGAAGACGAUGAAGACAUGACCCUCACACGCUGGAGAGGAAUGAUCAUCGGACCCCCUAGGACCAUCUAUGAGAACAGGAUGUACAGCCUAAGAGUAGAAUGUGGACCAAGAUAUCCAGAAACGCCUCCUUUUGUUCGUUUUGUGACAAAGAUCAACCUGAAUGGAGUGCAUAACUCAAAUGGUGUGGUCGACAUGCGAGCUGUAUCAUCACUGGCCAAGUGGCAGAAUUCAUACAGCAUCCGUGUGGUUCUGCAGGAGCUGCGACGACUCAUGAUGUGCAAAGAGAACAUGAAGCUGCCGCAGCCUCCCGAAGGACAGAUCUACAGCAACUGAGCCCAGAGCUUCUCCGUCAUCCUCUCUACCUUCAUCCAGAAAACAUUCAGACACGCAAGGCUGAGCAUUCCUCCUCCUCCUCCUCCUCCUCCUCCUCUUCCUCCUCUCUGGACUCAUGAGAAUCCCUCUCUAUUCCUGACCACUCCCCAUGUGCUGCAGCAGCCAAUGAGCAGUCCUGCUUCAGGAGCUCCCAUUGGACAGAACCGAUGGAUGUAGUGGUGUGCACAGCAGAAUACUGUACAUCAUUCUAAUCUUUUUUUAAACGUUUAUUUGUUAUACAUGCAAAUUGUAAAAAUAACAAAUGAUCUUA